GUGAAAGACGACCCGAUAAGUCACCCCUCUUCCGCCUGCCAUUGGGUCUGAUACAUACACGUCCCUCUGGGUUCCUUUCAUUUCUUUUACUUCCUCGCAUAAGUCACGAUCAAUAUGAGGUCGACAUUCCGGUUGCUGGCCAAUGUCAAGCCGGCUCGUUACUUGGAGCCUUUCGCUCCCACCGGCCUGACCGGUCUCAACACUCACCCUAGUCCGCGUUCCACUUUGAUCUUCCUCUACACAUCGACCUUGAACAAGCUCAAGUCCUUCCCCGAGUCUUCCGUCUACCGCCAAUCCACCGAGGCAUUGACCCGCCAGCGUCUGCAGAUCGUCGAAUCCACGAAGCCGCCUGGAUUCGAAGCUUGGUUGGAGCGCGUGAAGAAGACUGUGGGUGCCGAGCCCGAACGUUUCUCCAGUCUUCUGAGGGGCGACGGCACGUAUGCAGCGGCUGAGCAACCCGAUGGCAGUGACAAUGCCCGUGGAGAGGAGUGGGACGGUGAGGCCAUUGAAGCGACCACUGAGGGUCCCGCUCGUACGCCGGAAGAAGAAGCCCGCUUUGCACAGCUGAUGGAGGAAUCCGCCUCCCCUCGCAACAAUGAAUCGGACUUUCACGUCGAGGAGAAGAAGUGGGAGGCCGAGCCCGCCUUGACGGCAGAACAGAUCUCUGAAAUUGAGAAGCAAAUCGGUGCUGGUCUUAUUGAGGAGGUCAUCCAGGUUGCUGAGGGUGAAUUGAAGGUGGUGGAUGAGCUGUACAAGUCGAAAGCUUGGGAGGAACUUGAGGAGAAGCCUAGACCUGGCCAGUGGUCCUACUUCGAGCGCCCCGAGUAAGCUUUCGAGGAGCUGGUGUUCUCAUAAAUGACAGACUUGACUUAAGAAUUCCCAUUGUUUGUAAUUAUAAGUUUACGUGUGUCCAAUCAAAAUUUAUCAUAGUCCCACGAU